AUGGAGCCUGGGAAACUCUUGGAUCCCCCGUCAGACACAAUCAGCACUCCGGAAAACCACAAAAAACCCCAUGAAUGCUCAGAGUGCGGGAAAUCCUUUUCUCGCAGAUCAGUGCUUUUUACUCACAAGAAGAUCCAUAUGGGAAGUGGAUCCAGUCAAGGUUUGGAGGGUGAGAAAUCCUCUGGAACAGACACCAAAGGUCUCAGAAACCCCCCCAGACUAAAACCCUAUAGAUGUAUAAAAUGUGACUUAUGCUUUGGUCAAAAGUCAAGUCUUCUUACACAUCAGAAAAUCCACACAGGAGAGAAACCCUAUCAGUGUCUUGAAUGUGGGAAUUUUUUUUGUCAGAAAUCCACCCUCAGAAACCACGAGAGGCUUCACACAGGGGAGAAACCUUAUGAAUGCCCAGAAUGUGAGAAACGAUUUAUGUUUUCUUAUGAACUUCGGAGACAUGAGGAGAGGCAUAAAGGAGAGUUACGCUAUAAGUGUGGGGAGUGUGGGAAAAGUUUUAGUUUGCUAGGAGAGCUCCACACAGGAGAGAAGCCAUACAGAUGCGUAGAAUGUGGAAAAUGUUUUACUCAAAAGGGAGACCUUUGGGGCCAUCAUAAAACCCACACAAGGGAGAAGCCACAUCAAUGCAAUGAAUGUGGACGAUUCUAUCGUACCUCAUCCGCAUUUAGAAGUCAUGUGAAAAUUCACACAGGGGGAAAAAAUUACAAAUGUUUAAACUGUGGGAGAACAUUUGCUCAUGCGUCUUCCCUCAGAGGCCACAACCGAAUCCAUACAGGAGAAAAGCCCUAUAAAUGCUCGGAGUGCGAUAAAUGUUUUUCUCGGAAAGAUACUCUU